GUUUGACGUUAAAAUCAGCAAACGCAACAGAAUUGGGACCCAGUGAGCAUGUGGAUACUGUUAUGUUCCAUUCCCGGUAGUUGAAGUUUCCUUCAACCCAAGAUCUGGUCCCUCUUUCUUCUUCUCUUGUGGGCCUCAUCAACUUCUUCUAUUAUUCUGCCACACCAAGUACUCUUGAGUUUUAUUUUCAGGAAUCUGGGAUUCUCAUGCAAAGUAACAGGAAUUGCAAAUGGGGAAAAAAGGAAGUUGGUUUUCAGCAGUGAAAAAAGUUUUCAGCCCAGAUUCCAAAAAAGAUAAGAAAAAACAGAAAAGUCACAAGUCAAGCAGUAACAAGGAGGGGGAAAUUGCAGCAGAUGUUAAAUUAAUUGAGGCUGAGAAAGAACAAAGCAAGCAUGCUGCUUCUUUGGCUUUUGCCACUGCUGUUGCAGCAGAGGCUGCUGUUGCUGCUGCUCAGGCUGCUGCAGAGGUUGUUCGUCUCACAAGUAUGCCACAUUACACUGGAAAGACCAUGGAAGAGAUUGCAGCUGUCAAGAUUCAGACUGUAUUUCGUGGAUAUAUGGCAAGAAGAGCAUUGCGUGCCCUGAGAGGUUUGGUGAGGCUGAAAACCGUAGUGCAAGGGCAAUCUGUUAAAAGACAAGCUUCUAGCACCCUACGAAGUAUGCAAACUCUAGCAAGAUUACAGUCUCAGAUUCGUGAAAGGAGAAUUAGAAUGUCUGAAGAGAACCAAGCUCUUCAGCGCCAACUGCAGCAGAAACAUGAAAAAGAACUUGAGAACCUGCAUGCUGCUCAGGUUGGAGAAGAAUGGGAUGACAGUUUGCAGUCAAAGGAGCAAAUUGAAGCCAAAUUGUUGCACAAACAAGAAGCAGCUUUAAGAAGAGAGAGGGCUUUGGCCUAUUCAUUCUCACAUCAGAAAACAUGGAAGGGCACUUCAAAGUCAUUAAAUCCCACAUUUAUGGACCCAAACAAUCCCCAAUGGGGGUGGAGUUGGUUAGAGAGGUGGAUGGCUACUCGGCCAUGGGAUGGCCACAGCACUGCGGAUCACAAUGAUCAUGGAUCUGUGAAGAGUGCAGCAAGCAGGGCCAUGACAGUAGGAGAAAUUGUGAAAGGUUAUUCUCUACAAGACCAUAACCAUGACAAAAGAGCUUCCCCUUUUGGCCAAAAGGCAAGAAGACCAUCCCCUCACAUUUCACCUUCAAAGGCACCAUCUGCUAGUGGCAAGGCAAGGCCAUCAAGCUCAAAGGGUAGUGUGUUCUGGGGUGGAGAUGAGGACUCAAGAAGCAUGUUCAGCAUUCAAUCAGAGAGAUAUCGCCGGCACAGCAUUGCAGGAUCCUCAGUGAGAGAUGAUGAGAGUCUUGCAAGCUCCCCUGCCAUUCCAAGUUAUAUGGCACCUACAAGCUCAGCCAAGGCCAGGUUCAAAAUCCAAAGGCCUUCACCUGAGAAAGGAGGUGCUGCUGUAAGGAAACGUCUUUCUUUCUCUCCUUCAGCUGCUCCAAGAAGGCAUUCUGAUCCUCCUAAACCCUAAACCUCUUGCAGCAGUUAGCAAUUGAAGGGUAAGGUAGUCCUUUGGAUAUCAUUGCCACUAGAGUAAUUCUUGUAGGAGAACAAUAUUUAUGCUUCUGCUUGGAUAAAUUUCUUCAUAAUCACUUACUAAAGGAGAUAAAAUCAAUUAAACUUUUCUAGUAAGUUAAAAUCAACUUUUAUGUAGCUUCUCUCAUCUAACUUUCAUACAAGUAUAGGUACAUAAGUUGAUUUUAACGUACCCGAGGAGUUUGACUCUUUUUUUUCCUCUCCAAACAAGUAUUUAUAGAGAAAUUUAUUCAAAUAAGUCUUAUAAACAUAACUGAUUAAAAGUCAUCUUAAGCCUUUGAACAGUUGUGUUUAUAUUAUAGAGACUGUUUCAUGCGGCAAUUGCUCUUGGCACCAAGUCUCUUAGAACAAAGAAUGAUGAUUUGGAUGGUUGCUUUGGUCCUCUUCUUCAGUUCCCCGCGAGAUGGUGCUUUCAGGAGUAAGAUUCAAUAUUUGCUUAUCAGUUUUGUUCAUAUGGUCAAACAUAUUUUACAUUUCUUCUUAACAGACAACUCUAUUUAGGUGGAUUGGUUUUAGGAGUGACAUUAGCUUUUGACAAGGUAUGUUUUUGGUUUAACUUGCUGAAACCCUUGUUGGGGUAGAAUGCUAUUUGUAUUGUUUUAUUGUAAAUCAAUUUUCUGGUUU